AGCCACUGCAGCCUCACAGGUUAGGACCCCACACCGCGCCAUGGUGAAAGCCAGAAACUUGAUCGAAAGGAAACCAAAUAAGAUCUCAGUUUUUGUUUGAGAGUCCUGAGAAUUAGAUACUUGAAGGACCACUGCUGAUGCUUUUUCGUCAGAGGUGCGUAAGUUGUGGGUCAGGUUGCUGUAGUUGGCGCCACAGGCGCCGUGGGCGAAGAGAUGAUUGAGGUGCUACAUGCAAGGAAAUUUCCUUUGUCAGAGCUAGUGCUCCUGGCGUCAGAGCGCUCCGCUGGAAAGAGCAUGAAUACUGCAUUUGGCGAAAAGCAGGUGGAGGCCUUUAGUGUGGAGAGAGCGCAAUCAUGCGAUUUUGUCCUCAUGGCUGUGUCUGGCGGCUUCAGCACUGAGUUUUCUCCACAGAUCACGGCCAAUGGCAAGACUGUGGUUAUCGACAACUCUAGCGCCUUUAGAUACCACGAGGAUGUCCCGCUCGUGGUGCCAGAAAUCAACAGGUCCGCUAUGGAGGGCAAGUUGUUGAUCGCGAACCCAAACUGUACUACUGCCAUUGCGGCCAUGGCGCUGUGGCCGCUACACAAGUCCUUCAAGCUGAAGAAGAUCAUUGUCUCCACCUACCAGGCAGCGAGCGGUGCUGGAGCACAAGGAAUGACUGAGCUAGAAGAAGGGACUCGGUUGGCCUUAGAUGGCAAGGAGCAUCCAAAUGAGGUUUUCGCUCAUCCUUUGCCCUUCAACGUUAUUCCGCACAUUGACAGCUUUCAAAGCAAUGGUUAUACCAAGGAAGAGAUGAAGGUUGUUUGGGAGACUCAGAAGAUCUUUGAUGACAAGACCUUGGCAUGUAGCUGCACUGCAGUCCGCAUCCCGACAAAACGCGCUCAUUCAGAAGCUAUCACCAUCGAGACGGAAGAGGAUGUAACUCCGGAGGCAGCCAUCGAAGUCCUGAAGUCUGCACCUGGUGUGGAGGUGGCUUGCUAGCCCUUGCCAAGGUAUCCCAUGCCUUUGACAUCAACUAAAAAAUAUGACGUGGAGGUUGGCCGCAUCCGCCGAUCUUUGAUCUUUGCUCCCAAAGGCUUGGACCUAUUUGUGUCAGGUGACCAGCUACUACGUGGGGCCGCACUGAACGCAGUCCUCAUUGCUGAGGCCAAGUUGGAGUAACAAAA